GCAGGAUUCUGGACGCAAGGAAGAACAGAGUGUGCGCCGCUCGAUGAAUGAAACUGAACAGGCAAACUUCAUUCAUUCAUUCAACUUUCAGAGCAAACCUGACAGCGUUUGCCGGGCGGUGUAUGAUAGCGUGAUCUACCAGUCCGUGUGUGCCAUGUCAGUAUCAGUGAUCAUAAAGUGGGGAGGCCAGGAGUACUCCAUCAGUUCUCUGUCCGAGGAGGACACAGUGAUGGACCUGAAACAGUCCAUUAAGACCUUGACUGGGGUGCUGCCAGAGAGACAGAAACUACUGGGACUCAAGGUCAAAGGUAAACCUGCAGAGGAUGAGGUGAAGCUGGGCUCUCUGAAGCUGAAGCCUAACACUAAGAUCAUGAUGAUGGGUACCAGAGAGGAGAGCCUGGAAGAGGUUUUAGCCCCUCCCCCAGAGAACGAUGACGUGGUCAAUGAUUUUGACAUUGAGGAGGAGGUCAUCGAAGUGGAGAACAGAGAGGAGAAUCUGGCCAAGAUCGCCCGCAGAGUGAAAGACUAUAAGGUGGAGGAGAUGAACCCUCCUAGAGAAGGCAAAAGGCUUCUGGUACUGGAUGUGGACUACACACUGUUCGAUCAUAAGUCGUGUGCGGAAACGGGUCAGGAGCUGAUGAGACCAUACCUUCAUGAGUUUCUGACAUCAGCCUAUGAGGACUAUGACAUUGUCAUCUGGUCUGCUACAAGUAUGAAGUGGAUCGAUGCCAAAAUGAAAGAGCUGGGAGUGACAGACAACCCUAACUACAAGAUUACGUUUAUGUUGGACAGUGCAGCAAUGAUUACGGUCCAUACCCCGAAGAGAGGGGUUGUGGAGGUGAAGCCCCUGGGAGUGAUUUGGGGGAAGUACGAAGAAUUUUACAACCGGAGGAACACCAUAAUGUUUGACGACAUCGGACGAAACUUCCUCAUGAACCCACAGAAUGGACUAAAGAUACGACCCUUCAUGAAGGCCCAUCUUAACAGAGAGAAGGACAGGGAACUCUAUAAACUGGCUCAGUACCUCAAAGAAAUCGCCAAACUUGAUGACCUCAGUGGACUGAACCACAAACACUGGGAGAGGUACCUAUCUAAGAGGCAGCAUCACUGAGGAGGGACCACAUCCUCGGAAAAGACUCGGGCUGGACACUACUAUCCCAUCAUCCAGUUCUCACACACACAAACUUGGCUGUUACAAGCUCUUUACUACAAACCUUAAUACAAAACCUACACUAAACCUGCAGACGCCAACUCUCAAAAGCUCAGGACUGAGAUGGGCUUCCCAAUUUAUAUCUUUGCAUGUUCUCUCACACAUUAUUUUGCAUUUAUUACGAUAGUAACAGCAGAUACCACUCGUCUGAGUGGUAAUUAUUAGGGAUGCACCGGUACCGAUGUCGGAUAUCAGGUUGAUACUGACUCAAACAGUUGGAUGGACUGUUUUCAUCUAUUAGGUUUAACUCUGUGUUUAUAUGCUCUUUAAAUUACAUACUGGUUACUACGUUUUGACCAAUUUGUUGCUGCAUUUAAAAGGUUUACACUUGAAUUGUAAUUUCUGUUACUUUUGAAUAUAUUUUUACCAAUUUGUGGGUGUACGAUCAAUUUUUUUUAAAUAAUAAAUAACAAUUCAGUAAAUGUAUAACUACGUAUUCAUUUGUUAUUUAAGUCAAGGCUAAUGUUGCCUUACAUAUAAAAGGAUGAGCCUGGUUUCUUCCAAUCAGUAAGGCACACAGAUUAUUAAAUUAAACACUAUUAUCAGAUCGUUACUCAGUAUCAGCCGAUACCCAAAGCCCAGGUGUCGGUAUUGGGACUGAAAAAGUCGGAUCGUUGCAUCCCUAGUGAUUAUAAACUACCCCCAAGUUUGAAGCCACAUGCCAAGAGCCACCAUGACCCACAAACUUCUACAAACAUAUUUUCAGUCAUUGUGUUGAACAUGAAUCGCGUUAAAUGGCACCUGAAAAUAACUGAGAUCUUUUAAAUCUGCUCGGCCUCCCAGAUGGGUUUGGUUUGUCGCACUUUCACCUUAUAGGAAGUGUGAAGUUGCUUGUCUUUUACUAAAAAGUCGGUAUACUUUGCUCUGACUAUCAAGCCUCUCUGCUUUACCAUGCAAGUAAAAACGGAUACAAAUAUAAUUUCAUCAUGGUUAAGGUCAACAACUGUCCCCGACCCCUGUACGAUAUAAUGAAAAGAUUGAGAUUAACCAACAAAAAGCCAAUAUGCUUAAUGGUCUACUUGUAUGAGAAAUCCAGAUAGAAAAAAUGAUUGAAUGUGAAUUUCAACAGGGAAGAAUAAGUUGAACUGAUUUAACAUAUAUGAGUUUUACUGGAGCACUAAUUGCAAGUUAAGCGUAUUGAAAAAUUGAAGUGGAAAAUUGGAAAGGUAGAUAAUGUUGAGAGCACUGAUCCAAAAAUGCCCAAGAUAAAUCUUAGUCCAUGAGCAUCAAACUGAUCCCUGCAACCUGCACAGUUUGAAAUAUAAGAAUAUGCAAUAAUCCUCAAAGCUACUGUGAUAUUAACAGCCGAGUUGAGAUGGAGACUGGCUGUAGGGAAAAUGCUUUCACAUCGCACAAAACGUGCAUUGUCUGUUUUGUUUUUGGUUUUGUUUUUGGUAGCUGCUUAUUAAUGAAAUGACUGCGUCUGCUCUUAUUGUCAAAGUUGAAUUUAAGAUAUGGAUGAAGAAGGGGAUGUGUCGGGUGGGCAGAGCGUGAAGGGGAACCGUAUCUCAUCUUAUGAGCGCCCGAAACUCUUGGAAGUAUAACAGGGAUGUGAUUUUUCUUUUUUUUGGUCGGAUUUACAACUCUCCUGGACAUUCAACUCCUUUUUCAUUUCUUGAGAUCUGCCUUUUUGUGUUUUCCUCAUCCCAUCCCUGACAUCCUGGCUGUAAAUAUGACAAUAA